ACACAAAGCUAUCACUUAAAUGGUUUUUUUAUUUUUAUUUUUAUUAUUGAUUGAAUUAUCACAUAAAAUUUGUUAUUUAGGUUAGUGUUAAUUUUGAAAAAUUAUGAUGUGGCAGAGCGUGGCCUUCUAAAUACGAGCGUGGCCAUAUAGAAACAAAAGAGGAAUGAGAAUCUCCUACUCUGUUCUCUCUCGAGCUUUUAAAACCUGUAAACUAUCAUUUGCCAACAGUCCAUUCGCGAACAGUUAACAAAAAAAAAAAACAGUCCAUUCGCGAAAUGGAGAUCAACGGAGUUUCGUUACAUCACAACACCACACAUGGCGGCGCACCGCCGCCAACGGCGGCUUUCAAUGGCACGGGCGGAGGCACGCACGCGCCCCACAAGAUGAUCCUGACGCACAUGACGUUCUUCUGGGGAAAAAACACACAAGUCCUAUUUUCGGGUUGGCCCGGAUCGAGCUCCGCCAUGUACGGGUUGGCCCUGGUCUUCGUCUUCUUCCUCGCCGUGCUCGUCGAGUGGUUCUCUCACUGCAAUCUGGUCAAACCCGACUCGAACAGGCUCGCUGCGGUGCUGUUCCGGACCGGGUUGUACGCGGUCCGAACCGGGUUCUCCUACAUGGUGAUGUUGGCGGUGAUGUCGUUCAACGGCGGUAUUUUUCUCGCCGCCGUUUUGGGUCACGCGGUCGGGUUCGCGAUUUUCGGUAGUCGUGUCUUUAAGAAGUAAUCGGGUAGGCAGUCGGAUCCUUCAGCUAGCACUGAAACUAAAAAUGGAAUGGGACUGAAGACAAGUGUGCGGGUCUGAAUAAUGGGCUUUUUGGUUUUGGGUUUGAGUUUACUUAAAAUAGUGGAGGCAUUUGUAAUUUUCAAAUUUUCAGUGGUUUAAUGAAUGGUGAGAUUUGACUCAUUUCAGAAUGAGGUUGGUGUCAUGAAACAUGGGUUUUAAUAUUUCAAAUUUUCUGCAGAUAGGGUAACAUGAUCUGUAGUAUACUCUAGGUAGGUUUGAAGUUUGAAUUUCACUACAAAUUUUUACAUAAUU